CUUCACUCAGCAUUAGAAUUAAAGUCCCCAGUGAUAAUAACGGGUGAUGCUGGUAGCGGUAAAUCUACAGUGUGUCGAGUCCUAUCGCAAGCCAUCAACAUGUUAAACUAUAAACUCUUUGCACCUGAUCAUUCUAAAGAUGAACUAACCACUGAUAGAGAUACAGUUUUCGCGAUGAAACAAAAACUUCAAAAAGACGAUGAAGAGGAAGAAAUUUUGAAUGAUGUUGAAGUUGAAAAGAAGGAGUUGACAGGAGUAAAGAAAUUACGUGGUCUACGACAGAAUAUAUCCCGAGCUAAAGAUUAUAUAGACAGUGUACAAGAACAGCUGAAGAAAGCAGAAACACCCGAUCAUGCUGAAUAUCCUAAAAUAGACAUUGUUAAAUUAACACCAACAGCCAUGAUGCCAGAAGAGCUUCUGGGAUAUUUUCAAAAUGGUUUAUGGCAAGGUGGACUUUUGGCUAAAAUUGUGAGAGAUUCCUACACUAUUGCCUUGGCAACCCAAUCACAUAUCAAUACAUACGUAAAUGGAGAAAAGAAACUUAAAUCUAGUACAGACUUGCCAUCCGUUUUGUCUCGAUGGAUUGUAUUGGACGGUGAAAUGGACCCUCUGUGGACGGAAGGCAUUAAAACAGUUUUAGAUGAAGAACAUCGCUUAGCAACAGCCAGUGGAGAAACAAUUACAUUAAAAGAUAGCACCAGUUUUAUAUUUGAAACGACAUCACUGGAAGAUGCUUCACCAUCAUCUAUUUCUCGAUGUUCUGUUAUUCACUGUUCACAAUCAACCGUUCACUGGAAAUCUUUAUUCUAUCACUGGAAACAGACGGCACAACAUCGAUGGGUCAUUACAUCACUCUGUUCCAGUGUUUUAGAGAACUUAAUGGAUGAUGUAUUUGAACCAACUUUAAAAUAUCUGAAAACAGAAUGUACGUCAGGUUUAUUGGCUGAUCUAAGCCCCUCGGCUGCUAGAAAAAGUCAAGUUGUGACGGGGAUACAGGAAGUAACAACCUUUUUCCGAAUCUUUAACGCCAUGUUGGAUCGCGUUUUUCUCCGAGAAGAUCUGGAGAGAAAGAUGAGAUUAGAAGCUUUGGAAGAGAAAGAGUUUAGUAAUAAAAGUAGUGGUUCAUGUCCAUCAAGGAAUAUGUCCAGUAGAUUGACGACUAGUUCUCAGAUUGAGAUGAUGUUUCCUAACUAUAUGGAUAUCAUACAGGCCAUGUUUGCCUUCUCUUUUAUCUGGUCUUUUGGUGGAUAUUUACAUGAUAGGUGUAAGGACAGAUUUAGUAAAUUUGCUCAUGAGAUAUUAUACCAUGCUCGUCAUCCAAUCAGAUUACCCAUGUGGGGUCAGGUGUUUGAUUAUUUCGUGGAGGAAACGUCCGGAUGUUUUAUUCGCUGGAGUGAAAGACAGAAUGAGAAAGUUCGAAGUGGCAGUGGUGGAUUUGUUUUUACUCCUGAGGUGGAGAGAUAUCAAUAUUUGAUUGAUUUAAUGUUAGCAGUCAAUCAUCCAGUAUUAUUGACAGGUGCUCCCGGUGUUGGCAAAACAGCAUUGAUACAGAGUUCGCUAGCAAACAGACAUACAUCAACAAGUAUGAGAAUGUCGUCUGCUAUGACAGCGUCUCUUAUUCAAAACAAACUGAUGUCACGGGUGAUGGAGAUGAAAAAUCGUGGUUUUAAUGUUGGCAACGCUCCGGGGAUGUCACACAGUAAACAGCAUCAUCUGUUUUUUAUAGACGAUCUGAACAUGGCGUCACCUACUGGAAGUUAUCAUCCACCGCUAGAACUUCUCCGUCAUAUUCUGGUCCAAGGUGAUGUUUACAAUAAAGAGCGUCUAGAAUUACAGUCGAUGACAGAACUGAGUUUUAUUGCUGCUUGUACUUAUCCUACAGCUAAUGGUACAGGUUUAGGCCGAGCAUCUCAUCUGUUAUCAUCUCGAUUAUCACGUCUGUUUGUUAAUCUCACGAUGUUCUGUCCGUCUGCUGACUCUCUUCUCACCAUUUAUUCUAAACCUUUACAUUCGUGGUUGGAAGAAUUCCCUACUUACUCAGUAGAACAUCAUUCAGAAUUCGCUCGGGCAAUGGUGGUUGGUUUGUUAGAGUUAUAUAACCUUGUACGAGACAAGCUAAAACCAACUCCAGCUCACACUCAUUAUAUCUUCUCACUACACGAUCUUGCUAAAGUUGUACAGGGAGUUCUGCUCAUGUCACCUAGAUCCAGAGUUCGUAAAAAUAAACACGCUAAAAACACAGAGAAAACAAAUAGAAAAGUGAAGAGUUUACAGUCCGUAGGAAGACAGUUAUCGGAAGAAUCUCUAGGAUCGCGUUCCCAACAGACUGGAACAGGGAGUAAGGAAUUGGGAUCAGCAGCUCCAAUGAUGAAAGUUAUUGCGCAGCUUUGGUGUCAUGAAUGUACUCGGACAUUUUCUGACAGAUUGAUAGCUGGUGAUGAGAAGGAAUGGUUUGCUAAAGUUUUAGAGGACGUAGCUGUAAAACAAUUCUGUUUAUCCAGAGAUGAUCCAAAAUUGGAAAUGACUGCUAUUACUGAAGAACCUAUUGGCAGAUCAACUCCAGCUCACAGAUUUCAGUCAACUCCAAUUAUAUCUACAUCUAUUGACUUUGAUGAAGUUGAGAAAUAUAUGACUGAUGAUGAUGAGUUGGACACGGUUCCAGACUUUGUCGACGCUCCAUCUGAGACGAACAAGGAGAUUGAAAAUCAGCACAUUGUUACACAGCCAUCUUCAGGAGAAACGUCUAGUUCUGAAAAAAGUUCACCAACAUUUAAAACAGAUAUAGUUGGAGGUAAUUUAGAAGUUGGGACACAGGAAGAAAAUGAAAUUGAUACUAAAGCAGAAGAAACUGCUUAUGAAACUGAAGCUUCAGAAGAUAGUGAUGACGAUGAUGAAGAGAGUGAUUCUACUGAUGAAACUACCACUGGUUCUCCUUCGGACAAAGGUGAUAGUAUCAGAGGAAGAACAAAUACACCUGGUGUUAAAUUUAGUCAGACAUCUCUCUUGGUAUGA